CCGUGCGGUCGCGUUCGGUACUCGCGUUCGAUCCGCUGAAUCACGUGCGUCCUCGAAAAAGGGUGAAAGAAAGAGAAAGAGAGAGAGAGAGAGAGAGAGAGAAAGAGAGAGAAUGAAAAGGGAACACACAUAGGCGAUGUUGGCAUUAAUGUUCCUUGGACGCGUCACUGCAGCAUCGAAUCGCGCUCGAGAUGUGUGAAACUCUUCCAGGAUUACCGCUGCAGCUGGAUCCAUGAUUGUGACAAAAUGGUGGAUUGGCAAAAGACACUUCUAAUAGUGUUACUGGCGCUUCUUAUCUAUCCGAAUGAUAUUUUUGGCGGCGCUUUUCAACCCGAAUUCUCCGGCCCUAUCACCAAUCUAACCGUGCCACUCGGGAGGGACGCCACUUUCACGUGUCUGGUGAAACAUCUAGGAGGUUACAGGGUCGGUUGGGUAAAGGCGGACACGAAGGCGAUCCAGGCGAUACACGACCACGUGAUCACGCACAACCAGAGGGUGUCCGUGUCCCAUAGCGACCACUCUAUAUGGAAUCUGCACAUCAAGGGCGUCCAGAAAGAGGACGGCGGCCUCUACAUGUGUCAAAUCAAUACGGAUCCCAUGAAGAGUCAGACAGGUAUGCUGUCUAUUGUUGUGCCACCUGAUUUCGAUCCCGAAGCUACAUCGAGCGAUAUGAUGGUGGGCGAAGGCGGCCAGGUGAAGUUAACGUGCCGGGCGAGAGGCGUACCCGAGCCGCGCGUAUCCUGGCGCCGGGAAGACGGCAAGCCCAUUAUAAUUCGGGAAGCGCCAUUUGCAGGAAGCGCCCCGAACCAGAAGUCUCACGUGUCUGCCAUGUCUGAAUUUCUCGGCGAGGAGCUCAAGCUGACGAAAAUCUCGAGGAACGAGAUGGGGGUUUAUCUGUGCAUCGCCAGCAACGGGGUUCCGCCCGCGGUCAGCAAACGUAUUUAUAUCAACGUUCAUUUUCCGCCGGUGAUCCAAGUACCCAAUCAGCUGGUCGGCGCGCCCUUGGGGACCGACGUGGUCCUGGAAUGUUUCGUCGAGGCGUCCCCGAUGUCGAUUAACUAUUGGGUCAAGGAUCCCAAGGGUGCGAUGAUAAUAUCCAGCGUCAGGCACGACGUCCAGACGGUGACGAAGUCACCGUUCGAAGUCCGGAUGGUCCUCACGAUCCGGAACUUGCAGAGAAACGACGUGGGAACGUACCGGUGCGCGGCCAAAAAUUCCCUCGGCGAGGUCGAGAGUAGUAUUCGAUUAUACGAGAUCUCGGGGCCGGCGAAGACGCAGACACCGGUGUUAACGUUGCUCUAUGACGAAGAGGACGAGACGGUGUUCGGUUCGGCGGAGAUGGACAAGACGGAGAACAAGCCGCCGGCGGUGGACAACACGGUCCACGGACACGUGGGUUAUCCGUCGCUCGUCACGCCGUCCUCGACGAUCCGCGUCGGCAAGAAACGACCGAUCGCCAGCUCGGGCGCUGACCCUUAUCCACGACGGCUCUACGCCCUGGUGUCGCCGCUGCUGUCGCUUCUAAUCGUUUGCCGAAGAUGGCGAUGGUGAUGAGAGACGCGAGAGGAGCCGUGAAAUUCUGAGGAACUUCGAGCUCGAGGCCACCCGUCGUCAGUGCUCGCGAUCGCACGUUUGGCGAUCUCGCGCAAACGUGCGACUUUUCGCAACGGCAUAAGACUCACUUUUGCAGAGGAAGCGCUGUUUUAUAUGCGAUCGACACACGAUGACCGUAGAAUCGAAGCUGUU